UUGUGGUGGAUGUGCAUUCACACUGCUCUGCAUAAAAUCAUUGGGCUCCCAGGGACACAGUGGAGAGACCGGUUGGGUGCUCAGAAUGAAAGCACCAUGUCCUCUCGACCAAUCCGAAUCACCUCUACAGAACAUACAAUCAGCUUUAAUGCUGACAGUCACAACCCCAAACAAAGCAAUGCGGCUCUAGACGUUGUCUGCAACUCCAUAGAUGUCAACUGUCCUUCAUCCAAACCCUGGGAGACAGUGAACACAAAGUGCAACGAGGGCAGUCGAGGAGAAAUGUCUUCACUUAUGAAUAUAUUGAAGAUCCCGGUUCUGCUGUUGCUCCUCUAUGGUUUUGUCUGUUCUCUGGAUGUCUUGAGUUCUGCCUUUCAGCUGGCUGGAGGUAAAGUGGCAGGAGAUAUUUUCCAGGAUAAUGCCAUCCUCUCUAACCCAGUGGCAGGACUGAUGGUCGGGAUUCUAGUGACGGUUCUGGUCCAGAGCUCCAGCACAUCUACAUCUAUAAUUGUCAGCCUGGUCUCCUCUGGUUUACUUGAAGUGAAAUCUGCUGUUCCCAUCAUCAUGGGCUCCAACAUCGGCACAUCUGUGACCAACACCAUAGUUGCGCUAAUGCAAGCAGGAGAGAGAAAUGAAUUUAAACGGGCAUUUGCGGGGGCAACAAUCCAUGACUGUUUUAACUGGCUGUCUGUCCUGGUGCUGCUGCCUCUUGAGGUGGCGUCAGGUUUGUUGAGUCACUUGGCCAACAUCACUGUCAACAACUUGAAACUGCAGAGUGGAGAAGAUGCACCUGAACUCUUGAAGACCAUCACAGAGCCCUUCACUAAACUCAUUAUACAGCUGGAUAAAUCUGUAAUAACGGGGAUUGCUCUGGGCGAUGAGUCCAUGCGGAAUCACAGCCUUGUCAAAAUCUGGUGCAGGUCCAGCGUCUUUGUGUCUUCAGUAAAUGUGACAGCGACUUCCAGGAACUGCUCCGCUGAAUUGCAUUGUGGGAAAGACAGUGAUAUCACUUGGAUCACACAGAAUAUCACCUCGAAGAUCAACACAGAGAAAUGCAGGCAUCUGUUUGUGGAUUCGGGUUUGUCAGACCUGACUGUGGGACUUAUUUUAUUGGCCUGCUCUCUGAUGGUACUGUGCACCUGCCUGCUGAUGAUUGUCAAAGUCCUGAAUUCACUCCUAAAAGGUCAAGUCGCAAAAGUCAUUGAACGGGUCAUCAACACAGAUUUUCCCUACCCUCUCGGCUGGCUGUCAGGAUACCUGGCGAUGUUAAUGGGUGCUGGAAUGACCUUUAUCAUCCAGAGCAGUUCUGUCUUUACAUCUGCUAUGACUCCACUUAUAGGCAUUGGUGUGAUCAGUCUAAACAGGGCGUACCCUUUGACCUUGGGUUCCAACAUUGGCACAACCACCACUGCCAUCCUCGCAGCUCUCGCCAGCCCCAGAGAGAAGCUUCCUGCUGCGUGCCAGAUUGCCUUGUGUCAUUUCUACUUCAAUAUUUUUGGAAUUAUGCUGUGGUAUCCAGUCCCCAUCACCCGACUGCCCAUACGCAUGGCGUCCGCGCUGGGCGAACGCACCGCAAAGUACCGGUGGUUUGCCGUACUCUACCUGCUGGUCUGUUUUCUGUUGCUGCCAUUGCUCGUGUUCGGCUUUUCUCUGGCAGGCUGGCAGGCCAUGGUCGGUGUCGGAGCACCAUUUGUCGCGGUCAUGACCUUCAUCCUCCUAGUCAACCUCAUGCAGUCCCACAGUCCCGCACACCUGCCAAAGACACUGCGCAACUGGGACUUCCUGCCACAGUGGAUGCGCUCGCUCAAACCAGUCGACAAACUUAUCACCAGAGCGACGGCGUUGUGCUGCAGCCCGGCACGAAUCAACAUCAAUACGUCUGACCCAGAUGCGGUUGUCGUGACCUCAGAUAUCAGGCCAGAAUUGUCAAUUUCCAAGUCUAAGGUAGAACAAGGUUAUGACAACCCGGCACUGUUCCUGCCUGAGGAAAUUGAACCGAGAGUGUUUAGACUUCGAGGACUGGAAAGAUGCAACAGCACACCGCUAUAACAACUGUAAUCUAUUUAAAAUAAACCAGCGGUGCCUUUAGUUUCACAACAGUUUACCGAUCUCUGUUCCAAAACCUAGUGGGCUGUAUUUUGGCACUUUACUGACACAAAGGCUUUGCUGACAAAAAAUUUCCAAAAUGUACAAAUCUUCUCAGAGAAGGUAAUCCCAGAAUGCAUAGCAACAACCUAAAAACAGAUUCUCAGUGAAGUGUGAGAACUAUUCAAAUAAGGUUCAAAUUAAGUUCUGAAUUUAAAUCGGACUCUUGAGUAUUAAAUAUUCAGUGUCUUGCUAAUCCCUGUGUGCUUUCCAUUAGGUGUGCUUGUUAUACGGAGGAGUUGUUAUAAUGAGCUGCUGGAAAUGUGAUGUGUUGCACAUCAUCUGUCUACUGUAUGUGAGCAGUGGACAGAAAGACGGCUCACUAUGUUUUGGAACAAAGUCUUUGUGGUGCUUAUUCAGAUUCCAAAUGCACAUAUUCAGCAAAUCAAUCAAAUUUUAUUCAUCCCAAUAUUUUCAUAGUCAGUGAAGCUUCACGUCUUUUUGAAAUCUAGUUGGGUUCAAAACAUUUUGAGCGAUUAUUGCUUUGUCCUGUAGUCACAUAAUAAGAUUUUAAUGAGCCCGGCUAGAGUAUGUGAAUCGUACUGAAUCAGCAGUUUUAAAGAGCGUGUGCAUCGACAGAUAGCGUCUGAAUGACACAAACACCAUAACUCAGGGCUAUCCCACCAUGCCUUAUGUUUUUAAUUAAACAUAUUAAAAAAAUCACUUUUCUAUUGCAUAAGUUCUCGUGCUUGAUUCCAAUGAGGGACCAGAUGGUGUUUUUAGAGAAAAUAUUGUUUUCUGUCGAAGUAAAAAUCUAAGCUGUAGCUUCAGGACACUGCACAUGUAAAAAUGUUUUAUUUUUAAUGGAUUAAAUUGCAAUAAAACUUAAUCCUCCCCAAAGGGAUAUAGUUAUAAUACAGUAGUUAUGCAAAAGA